AUGCUAUGCCCUACCUCCCCGGCCCUGGCCUGCGCCCGUUCCUCCCCUCACACCUUCUCACCUGCCAUUACCAGCUUCUCAGCGGCAACCUUCCGAGAACUCCGUCAAACACCUUGCAAAGCCAAAAAAAUCGUCGCCGACGGUGAUCGGCACCUCGUCCGCUCCUGGGUGGGGGACAGGGGACCAGGUCUGAUGCUCGGCGCAAGCCCAACUCAUCCGACUGUAAGAUCAGUACACUUGGUCGGCUCCUGGGACAACUUCACCAAACCAUACACCAUGGAACGAGAUAUUCGACGAGAUCGCGGCCAAUGGCGCGGAUGCCACACUUUCAAGGACAUUGUUCUGGACGACGACUUGGGUGCGAGGGAUACCAAGCGCAACGGCGGCCUGAAGAUGGGAAACACCUACUACUACUAUUACGAGAUUGAUGGAACCCAAGAGUCGCACAACCCGGCACUGCCUACCACCACCAACUGCCCUUACCUUCCUGGACAGACUGUCAACACUCUGGAUGUCCCUUACGAAGUGGCCGAGAGGAAGAGGAGCGCAUCGUUGGGCUCGCUCCGUCCUGGUGAACAGAAGACCAUGAACCCUGAAGACAAGCUCAUUACGCCCAGGCCGCCACCACCAGUGCCUGGCGGUUCAAUUCGAAGACUGGGCUCCGCACCGGCUGCACAAUCUGGCAGAUCCAUUUCCCGUGCCGGCUCUACCUCCCCGCCGCCGUCUUGGCGUCGUAUGUUCAAUAGGAAGCCGUCCACCAGCCGGCUUGCUGAGCGCGGCCGCCAAUCCGAGGAUGAGGACCGACCUCUUUCACCGUACUCUGGAUCUUGUUCGGAUGACAACAGAAGCGGUUCAUCUGAGGGAAGCCGAACCCGCGAUCUUUCCCCAGAGUCCCUGAGACGGUUCCUCUCCGAUGAGAACCCCUUCUCCAGCGCUUCCUCUAGCGCAUAUGGGCGUCCGCCUGUUGUUAUCCCCGACGACAUUGCCGAGGAGGGAGACGAUGAUGAGAACUUUGCCAACUCGGCCUACGAGGUCAACCCCUACACGACCAGCCUGUCACCACCGCCCUUCAAACGCUCUCACUCUGACAGCACCUUGCCGGUAGUGCAUGCCCCGCGAGUUCUCACACGCGAGAAGAAGUACUCGCCUCUCCCUCCUCUUCCCGUCAACAAGACGCUGAGAGACCUGGCGACGGCACCAUCCGCCUCGCGCUUCUCCUUUUCGUCUGACUCCAGCGUCGCCUCCUCCAUCGGCCCCAUCUCUCCUGAGGAUGAUACACCAUCCUUCUAUGACUCUACCGAAGAGGAUCGCUACUCCAACGAGAGCGAUGCCAACUUCGUUCAGCCCUUGUCUCUUCCGAGCACCAGGAAGCCGUUUCUGGAGCAGAACUACAGCUUGCCCCGGGCUCCCGGCAUCAAGGUUCACCCCGGUGUUCACACCAUGGUUGCCGCCCCCGCUGAUAACGGCCUUGACGACUUGGUCAAUGAGAUGGGCUGGAUGGUUGAUGUCAUCCGCGGCAAGGGUAUCUAA